GAGGGUGACAAAUCCCUCAUAACGAGUUUGCCAAGUGCCUGCUGGCAGCCAGCGGAUUCAAGGCUCCAUGGAGAAGGGAGAAGGACAAAACCGGAGCCUGGCUGCCAGAAGGGGCCCCGUGCCGCUGGGGUUGGAGGAACCUGGGUUUGACCAUUGACAUGUAAAUGGCCAGAGGGGCCUGAGGCUGAUUCGCAGCAGACCCUCCCACCGUCCCACAGGCCACACAAAGCCCUGGCCCGCAGGCUUCACCUUAGUGAGGCCCUGGGCGGGCGUCCUGGCUGCAGAGGUCCCGAAGAUGGCCUGGUAAUAAAGGCACCUUCCAAUGAUCAGGAGCAUCUUUCCCCGGGGGUGCCUGCCCGGGCCAGUGGCGUCGUGUUGAGCUGAAGGAACUUGUCUACCGUUUUCCCGAAAACCUCUCUCUCUCCUAAUUCAUGAGCCAGCAGGAUGCGGUCGCUGCGCUUUCAGAACGCCUUCUCAUAGCUGCGUACAAAGGCCAAGCAGAGAAUGUGGUUCAGCUCAUCAACAAGGGCGCCAAGGUAGCGGUUACCAAGCAUGGCCGGACUCCCCUGCAUCUUGCUGCGAAUAAGGGCCAUCUCUCUGUGGUCCAGAUCUUGCUGAAGGCUGGUUGCGACCUCGAUGUCCAGGAUGAUGGGGAUCAGACGGCCUUGCACCGGGCCACGGUGGUGGGGAACACGGAGGUCAUCGCGGCGCUCAUCCAGGAGGGCUGUGCCCUGGACCGACAAGACAAGGACGGGAAUACGGCCCUGCACGAGGCAUCCUGGCACGGCUUCAGCCAGUCAGCCAAGCUGCUCGUUAAAGCAGGAGCCAAUGUGCUUGCCAAGAACAAGGCGGGGAACACGGCUCUGCACCUGGCCUGCCAGAACAGCCACUCCCAGAGCACACGCGUCCUCCUGCUGGGUGGCUCCCGCGCCGACCUCAAAAAUAAUGCAGGCGACACCUGUUUGCACGUUGCCGCGCGCUAUAAUCACUUGUCCGUCAUUAAGCUCCUCCUCAGUGCUUUCUGUUCUGUCCAUGAAAAGAACCAGGCUGGAGACACAGCACUGCAUAUUGCUGCUGCCCUGAAUCACAAGAAAGUGGUUAAAAUCUUACUGGAAGCUGGAGCAGAUGGGACCAUUGUUAAUAAUGCAGGCCAGACUCCGCUGGAGACUGCCCGCUACCACAAUAACCCGGAAGUUGCUCUUCUCCUCACUAAAGCUCCCCAGGUCUUGCGCUUCAGUCGAGGGCGAAGCCUGAGGAAAAAGAGAGAAAGGCUCAAGGAAGAGAGGAGAGCUCAGUCUGUGCCAAGAGAUGAGGUGGCACAAAGCAAGGGAAGUGUCUCAGCAGGAGACACCCCUAGCAGUGAACAGGCUGUGCCCAGAAAAGAAGAGGCUAGAGAAGAUUUCCUGCCAGCCUCCCCGGAGCCCAGAGCAAAGGACAACAGGCAGAGAAAGUCAAGGCCCAAGGUGUCAGCAUUUUCUGACCCCACCCCACCAGCAGACCAACAGCCUGGACACCAGAAGAACUUGCACGCUCACAAUCACCCUAAAAAGAGGCCCAGGCAUCGAUGUUCCCCCCCGCCUCCUCCGCACGAGUUUAGAGCAUACCAGCUCUACACGCUGUACCGGGGCAAGGACGGGAAGGUGAUGCAGGCACCAAUAGAUGGUUGUCGAUGUGAACCUCUAAUCAACAAGCUGGAGAACCAGCUGGAGGCGACUGUGGAGGAGAUCAGAGCAGAGCUGGGGUCGGUUCAGGAUAAAAUGAAUACAAAGCUGGGGCAUGUGGAGAGUAAGACCCAGCACCAGAUGCGUGUUCUGGACAAGCUGAUGGUUGAGCGGCUCUCGGCGGAGAGAGCAGAGUGCCUGGCCCGCCUGCAGCAGCACUCGGACACGGAGAAGCACGAGGGAGAGAAGCGACAGAUGUCCUUGGUGGAUGAAUUAAAAACCUGGUGCAUGUUAAAGAUUCAGAGUCUGGAGCUGAAGCUUUCUGGAGAUUCUAGGGCCUCUAGGGCUAAAUCCACACCAUCCACUUGUGAAUCCUCCACAGGUGUGGAUCAAUCAGUGGUGACUGCAGGUCCAGUAGCAGCUUCUGACAGUUCCCCUCAGGUGGUUAGGCCUAAGGAAAAGGCCCUCAACUCCACUGCUACCCACCGACUCCAGCAGGAGCUGUCUUCCUCGGACUGUACAGGCUCCCGACUGAGGAAUGUCAAGGUCCAGACAGCCUUGCUACCCCUGAAAGAGGCAGCCAAAUGUGAUCAGCAGGCUGGGCCCUGCGUUGACAGAGGCACCCAAACCAAGAAGUCUGGGAAAAGUGGGCAGACAAGGCAUCGAGCCCAACAGCCGGGACCCAGCACCGGUGGUGGGCAGCCCCCACCAGCAGCAGGCAGUGAGCAGACUGCCCCACACAUUCGAGACACCUCCCAAGCUCUCGAGAUUACCCAGUAUUUUUUUGAGGCUGUUUCUACCCAGAUGGAAAAGUGGUAUGAAAGGAAGAUUGAAGAAGCACGAAGCCAAGCCAGUCAGAAAGCCCAGCAAGACAAGGCCACACUGCAGGAACAUAUCAAAAGUUUAGAAGAGGAACUUGCUAAACUAAGGACUAAGGUGCAGAAGGAAAAUUAGGACUGGGAAGUGGCACCAGAAAGGAUUCUCGGGGAUUUCUGGUUUUGCAACUGCGGAAUAGCUAUGCCCAAGGUGUCAAUUAUUGUGCACAUAGCAGACUUGCCUUUAAAAAAAAAAAAAAAACUAAUUUCUAAAAUGUGCCACACACACACUUCCUAUGCCCUGAAGUUAUGAAGACUUCAACAAUUAAACUGAAACCAGGGGAAGCUUGCUUAGUUUCAGGUUUCAUUACAAACUCAAAACCUCAGUCCAGGUUCAUCUGAAGUUCAAAAGCUCAGAUUAAGGGAGCCACACUAAGAAACUGAAUGAUGUGUAAGCCUAAACCCUAAAAUUCAGGACGUAUGAAAUAAUAUAAAUCAAAAGCAAGAAAAAAGUUAAUCCCUUGUGAACUCACGUCAAGUAGUUAUUCAUAUAAACACGCCUGCCGUGCCUAGACAAGAGUGUCCUCUGUCAGAGAGCUAUAACUGAGAUGUGCGCUCAACCCUCUCUCUCUCUCUAAAUGCCUGCAUUUUACCCAGGUGAAAACUUAUCAAACAGAUUUUGAGGAGAAAGAGAUUUUCAUGAUGUCACAAGAUCCAGUAUAUCUUAAAAUGUUUUGCAACGUCAGAGUGUAUUUGAGUAAUGAGUAAUUGGCCAACACCACUGGGAAUGUUUGUUAAUAAUGAACUCAAAUGAGAGAGGUUCAAAUCAUUUGAUCAUGGUUUUUCAUCUAUUUUCAGCCAAAGUACAGAAAUACUACAAUCGAUUAAUCCUAGUGAUUUUUAAAACAGAUUAAUGGAAAACAUUCACGUAACAAUUACUUGAAACUUCUGUAACCUAUUUGUAUUCAAGCCCAAUUAUCUUAGAGUACCUUUCUGAAUUUGAGCUUACUGGUCUACAUUUUAUAAAGAAAUAAGGCUAUUUCUUGAAAGUAUUUUAUUUUUAAUUGAGUUCUGUCAUUGAAGAACCUCAGAAGCUUUCCACUGCUUUGCAGUGCCUAUGUCAAGGUAAAUAAUUCAGUAAUUUGAUUUAGACCCCACAAUUCCCCAGCCUCACGGAGCCCUAAGGAUUUUACUCUGCCCUCUGGAGUACACCAAGUUUUACAAGUAGCUUGGGUGUGUUGAAAAAUUGGGUGUGUUGAAAAAUUGGAUUUAAUUAUCUUCUAAGCUUCUUGUCCCUUGGAAUGUGGGAUUAUAGUCAUCUCAAAAUUCCAUGUAUGCACAGAAACCUCAGUUCUAUUACUGUAAACACAGGAACCAAGUAACUAUUGUCUAUAAUUUUGAAUAAAAUGUUGCUCAUUGAGCCAAAGAGAAAAUCAUGACUUAUCGACAUGGGAACACCCAGAAAAACUAAGUAUGUGUUAGGCCCUUUGUUUUUCGCUUAUCAUGCUCAUAGUUGUUUUUGGUUUGGUUUUGUUUAAUACUGACAGUCUAGUCUAUGCAUAUAGACAUUCCUAAUAAACGUAGAUGUACGUCACCAUUACAGAACCUGGGCAGGGAAUUAAUUUGAUGUUCUCUCAAGUUUUUCGCUUCUGUAAGCUUGUCCUGUUCUCAACUGCUGUGUAGGUAGACAGUUCUUCCCCAGAGGCCCCUGUUGGAUUGCUAAACGUAGAGGCACUUGCCUCUUCUCAUUUCUCUUUGAUGCUAACGCAGAACCACAGAAUUGCAGAGGUAGAGGGUGCCUUCGGUUUUCUAAAUCUAUUCCAAAGGAGGUAUCACUGACUGCUUUAGAAUCAUUCCUCAAUAUACAUCAGGUUAUUGAGAGCUGCCUAAUACUCAAAGAAGACAUGAAAUCCUAAAAUGUCUAGGAAGUUGUGUUCCAAGCAGGAGUUAUUUUUACUUAUCAGAAUAUCUCCUGUUACCUCAAGGGGUAUCCUUGUUGAGAAAUGCUGAAAACAGAUUUUAAUUUAUCUAGACCAUAGAGUGCUUUGGUGGGAAGUAGUUUGAUGAUGUAACUCCUACCCAUCAAAAGCAGGCAGGUUAUCCUUGUGAACUGGAUAUUCUGGUCCACGUCACAGGUAGGGAAGAGACUCAGGGAGGAAUGAGCAAGGUCAGAUGCACCUAGUCUGGCAGAUUACGUGGAUCUUCUCUCUCUUUCUCAUAGAAAGGAAAACCAAUAGAGGCAAGGAAAUAGAGCAGGAUCAGUCAGCCUCCCAACCCAAAAAGAUGGCAGCAUCUCAAGACCAAUGCAAUAGCUUUUUUUCAACAACUGUGUUUGAUCUGUUUUUGUUCCUUAGCAUUGUCAAAAACUCAACUACGGGUCCAAUGUGUAUUUUUCCUUACUUUUCCCUUUGCUAUCUGCUAAAAUGAGCAAAUGCCACAAUAGUACUUUUCCAAACAAGCAGAACUAACACUUUAUAGGCUGUCAUGUAGGUCAUAUUUGAAAUGAGAUUGGAACUUUGAGUAGCUGUGGGAAAAAUGAUGUGAAACACAAAAAAGUUGUACAAUAUUGCAGUGUUUUUUUUUAAAGAAAUUGUUAGUGCAUUAUUGCAUUGAGUAUAGUAAAUAUCUGUGAUAGACUGAAUAUUAGUUCUACUCUUACUUGUGACUUUGGGAGCCCAAAAUAAAGGAAGUGAUGUUUUUGUUUAUACCUUUCUUUUUUUUUUUAAGUACUGAUUCUUGAGAGGUAUGUUGGCUUCUAUUUAGUAUUUUUAUCACUUUGCAUUUGUGUCUCUUCCAAGCAUUAAAUAUGGUUCUCAA